AUGUGUGCCAAAAAGAGAAUAGAAUCCGAGUAUAGGAUUAACAAAAUCUUUAUUACAAACAUUUUAUUGUUGAACUUAAUUUUCAUAUGGACAUUAGGAUAUUUCACUAAUGACAUCCCUGUUACAUUGCACAAUGAUGAGAUAGUAAUAAAAAAUAAAUUCAAUUUACAGGGGAUAAGAAUAUUAGCAUCACAUUUUGAAGAUGAGACACACGAUAAUAAUAAUAAUAAUAAAUCUACAGUUGCGGAAGAAUACGAUGAUCCCCUUUGUUCAUUUUAUAAAACAAAUCCUAAAACUAAAGAACGAAUUAAUAUGCGCAAAAUAUCCUUUAUGAAAAAUAUAUAUCCCAAUAUUGAUAAUGACACUGAUAGUUCUGAAAGUAAAUUUUUAGAAUUAAGAAAUAAAGCGUUGGCUCCUAUUGAAAAACGUAAUAAAGCCCUACUAGAAGCGCAUAAUACUUUAUUGAAUUUUAGUAAUUAUGUAUCAGAUAUGAGAUCUUAUGGAUUAAAAAUAGAAGAAGUAAAGAAAAAUAUUGACUCUUUUAGAAAUAGUUGUGAAUCACAAAUUUUAGGAAUAAAAACACUUUUAUCAAGUUAUAUAGAUUCCUGUGGAACACAAAUUAAGGAAGUAGGAAACUAUAUAGUCGAAAGAUACGAUUUUACUAAUAAUUUACCUGAAGAAAAUAAGUAUAAAGAUACUCAGGAUGAUUUGCGCGUUAAUAGUAUAUAUUCAAAAUAUUAUUCUGAUGAAAAUAAUUCAAAAUUAAAUGAUGAUAAUUCAAGUUUAGAGGAUACAAAGAACUCAGAGACAUAUUAUGAUGAAAAUUGCGGUGCUUAUGUAGAUGAAAAUAAAAAAGUUUAUGAUUAUACUUACAAACGUGAAUACGAUAAUGGUUAUACUUACAAACGUGAAUGUGAUAAUGGUUAUACUUACAAACGUGAAUGUGACAAUGGUUAUACUUACAAACGUGAAUGUGAUAAUGGUUAUACUUACAAACGUGAAUGUGACAAUGAUUAUACUUACAAACGUGAAUGCGACAAUGAUUAUACUUACAAACGUGAAUGCGAUAAUGGUUAUACUUACAAACGUGAAUGUGAUAAUGAUUAUACUUACAAACGCGAAUGCGAUAAUGAUUAUACUUACAAACGUGAAUGCGACAAUGAUUAUACUUACAAACGUGAAUGCGACAAUGAUUAUACUUACAAACGUGAAUGUGAUAAUGAUUAUACUUACAAACGUGAAUGUGAUAAUGAUUAUACUUACAAACCCGGAUGUGAUGGCGAUAGUGAUUCAAGUGAUAAUGAUACCGAUUCAAGUGAUAAUGAUACCGAUUUAAGUGAUAAUGAAGAAACUGAUGUCUAUGAAACUUUUAGAAAAUAUCAUCAAAACAAAUUAAAGGAUACAGUAAAGGCUAAAAAUGGAAAUAAUGAUAUUCCUUAUAUUGACGAUACCGAUUCAAGUGAUAUUGAAGUAAAUUAUGACUAUGCAACCUUUAAAAAAUAUUGUAACAACAAAUUAAAGGAUACACCAAAGGCUAGACGUAGAAAAAAUGAUAAUAAUAGUCAUAAACUAGACAACGAACAAAAAAAUACAUCAAACAAUAAUGAAAUAAAAAAUGCAGAAAACAAGGAUGUUGUAGAUUCUAAUAAUCAACAUUGUCUACCAAAAAUAACUUAUAAAGAAAAAACUACUAUAAUUAUGAAUUUUGGAUCAUCUAAUAAUGAAUCUCAAGAUAAUGCGAAUAAAAUUUCAGAGAAUUGUUAUGCUGAUGUGAACAAAACAAAUAAUGAUAAUUAUGGAAAACAAAGAACUAAUGUUACAGGGCAUUCAAAUGUGAAUGCUUUAAACAAAGAUACAAUAUGUAAAUCUGUAACAAGCAAUACAGUUCCAAAUAAACCUACAGUAGAUCAUAAAACUCCAGAGCAACAAAUUACAGAUAAACAAGUUUCAGAUAAACAAGUUCCAGGUAAACAAGUUACAGACCCCAAAAUUCUUGGUCAACGAAUUCUUGGUCAACAAAUUACACGACAAGUUUCAGAUAAACAAGUUACAGAUAAACAAGUUUCAGAUAAACAAGUUACAGAUAAACAAGUUACAGAUAAACAAGUUUCAGAUAAACAAGUUACAGAUAAACAAAUUUCAGAUAAACAAAUUUCAGAUAAACAAGUUUCAGAUAAACAAGUUUCAGAUAAACACAUUUCAGAUAAACAAGUUUCAGAUAAACAAGUUUUAGAUAAACAAGUUACAGAUAAACAAGUUACAGAUAAACAAGUUUCAGAUAAACAAGUUCCAGGUAAACAAGUUACAGACCCCAAAAUUCUUGGUCAACGAAUUCUUGGUCAACAAAUUACACGACAACAAGUUUCAGAUAAACAAGUUUCAGAUAAACAAGUUUCAGAUAAACAAGUUACAGAUAAACAAGUUUCAGAUAAACAAGUUACAGAUAAACAAGUUACAGAUAAACAAGUUACAGAUAAACAAGUUACAGAUAAACAAGUUACAGAUAAACAAGUUACAGAUAAACAAGUUACAGAUAAACAAGUUACAGAUAAACAAGUUACAGAUAAACAAGUUACAGAUAAACAAGUUACAGAUAAACAAGUUACAGAUAAACAAAUUUCAGAUAAACAAGUUACAGAUAAACAAGUUUCAGAUAAACAAAUUUCAGAUAAACAAGUUUCAGAUAAACAAGUUACAGAUAAACAAGUUACAGAUAAACAAGUUUCAGAUAAACAAGUUACAGAUAAACAAGUUACAGAUAAACAAGUUACAGAUAAAGAAGUUACAGAUAAACAAAUUUCAGAUAAACAAAUUUCAGAUAAACAAGUUACAGAUAAACAAGUUACAGAUAAACAAGUUUCAGAUAAACAAGUUACAGAUAAACAAAUUUCAGAUAAACAAAUUUCAGAUAAACAAGUUACAGAUAAACAAGUUACAGAUAAACAAGUUACAGAUAAACAAGUUUCAGAUAAACAAGUUACAAAUAAACACGUUACAGAUAAACAAGUUUCAGAUAAACAAGUUACAGAUAAACAAGUUACAGAUAAACAAGUUACAGAUAAACAAGUUACAGAUAAACAAGUUACAGAUAAACACGUUACAGAUAAACAAGUUACAGAUAAACACGUUACAGAUAAACAAGUUUCAGAUAAACAAGUUACAGAUAAACAAGUUACAGAUAAACACGUUACAGAUAAACAAGUUUCAGAUAAACAAGUUUCAGAUAAACAAGUUUUAGAUAAACAAGUUUUAGAUAAACAAGUUUCAGAUAAACAAGUUACAGAUAAACAAGUUACAGACCCAAAAAUUCUUGGUCAACGAAUUCUUGGUCAACAAAUUACACGACAACAAAUUUCAGAUAAACAAGUUACAGGUAAACAAGUUACAGAUAAACAAGUUACAGAUAAACAAGUUACAGAUAAACAAGUUACAGAUAAACAAGUUACAGAUAAACAAGUUACAGAUAAACAAGUUACAGAUAAACAAGUUACAGAUAAACAAGUUACAGAUAAACAAGUUACAGAUAAGCAAGUUACAGAUAAACAAGUUACAGACCCAAAAAUUCAAAGUCAACAAAUUCUUGAUCAACAAAUUUUAGAUAAACAAAUUUUAGAUAAACAAAUUUCAAUCCAGAAAAUUAUACAACAAGAAUUUCCAGACCAAAAAAUUUUAAAUAUGGAAAUUACACAUGAACAAAUUUUAAGUCAUCAAACUUCAGAUAAAGAAGUUUCAGAUAAACAAAUUUUAGAUAAACAAAUUUCAGAUAAACAAAUUUCAGAUAAACAAGUUCCAGAUAAACAAAUUUCAGAUAAACAAGUUCCAGACCCCAAAAUUCCAAGUCAACGAAUUCUUGGUCAGCAAAUUACACGACAACAAGUUUCCGAUAAGCAAAUUUCCGAUAAACAAGUUACAGAUAAACAAGUUACAGAUAAACAAGUUACAGAUAAACAAGUUACAGAUAAACAAGUUACAGAUAAACAAGUUACAGAUAAACACGUUACAGAUAAACAAGUUUCAGAUAAACAAGUUUCAGAUAAACAAAUGUUAGAUAAACAAGUUUCAGAUAAACAAAUUUCAGAUAAACAAGUUCCAGACCCCAAAAUUCCAAGUCAUCGAAUUCUUGGUCAGCAAAUUACACGACAAAAAGUUUCAGAUAAACAAAUUUUAGAUAAACAAGUUCCAGACCAAAGAAUUCCAGACCAACGAUUUUCAGACCAAAGAAUUCCAGACCAACGAUUUUCAGGCCAACGAAUCCCAGACCAACGAUUUUCAGACCAACGAAUUCCAGACCAACGAUUUUCAGGCCAACGAAUUCCAGACCAACGAUUUUCAGACCAACGAAUUCCAGACCAACGAUUUUCAGACCAACGAACUCCAGAUCAACGAAUUCCAGACCAACGAACUCCAGAUCAACGAAUUCCAGACCAACAAGUUUCACGACGACGACUUCGAGGACAAGUUCUAAGUCAACGAAUUCCAGACCAACGAAUUUCAGAUCAACGAAUUCCAGGUCAACGAAUUCCAGACCAACGAUUUUCAGAUCAACGAAUUUCAGAUCAACGAAUUCCAGACCAACGAUUUUCAGAUCAACGAUUUCCAGAUCAACGAAUUCCAGGUCAACGAUUUUCAGACCAACGAAUUCCAGGUCAACGAAUUCCAGACCAACGAUUUUCAGACCAACGAUUUCCAGAUCAACGAAUUCCAGGUCAACGAUUUUCAGACCAACGAUUUUCAGACCAAAGAAUUCCAGACCAACGAUUUUCAGGCCAACGAUUUUCAGGCCAACGAAUCCCAGACCAACGAUUUUCAGACCAACGAAUUCCAGACCAACGAUUUUCAGACCAACGAAUUCCAGACCAACGAUUUUCAGGCCAACGAAUUCCAGACCAACGAUUUUCAGACCAACGAAUUCCAGACCAACGAAUUCCAGACCAACGAUUUUCAGACCAACGAAUUCCAGACCAACGAUUUUCACGACAACCAAUUCUUGGUCAACAAAUUCCAGAUCAUCAAGUUCCAAGUCAACAAAUUCCAGACCAACAAAUUACACAAAUAAUAGUUUCAGGACCGCAAUGUACACAAAUAAUAGUUUCAGGGGAACAAGAUACACAACAACAAAUUCCAAACCAACAAAUUCCAUACCAACAAAUUCCAUACCAACAAAUUCCAUACCAACAAGUUCCAUACCAACAAGUUCCAUACCAACAAGUUCCAUACCAACAAGUUCCAUAUCAACAAGUUCCAUACCAACAAAUUCCAGGGCAACAAGUUCUAGCCCAACAAUUUCCAGCCCAACAAUUUCCAGGUCAACAAUUUCCAGAUCAACAAUUUCCAGGUCAACAAUUUCCAGGUCAACAAUUUCCAGGUCAACAAUUUCCAGGUCAACAAGUUCUAGCCCAACAAAUUCCAGUUCAACAAAUUCCAGUUCAACAAAUUCCAGUUCAACAAACUACAAGCCAACAAACACCAGACCAACAAACUACAGUUCAACAAACUACAAGCCAACAAACACCAGGCCAACAAACUACAAGCCAACAAACAUCAGGCCAACAAACUACAAGCCAACAAACUACAAGCCAACAAACACCAGGCCAACAAACUACAAGCCAACAAACUACAAGCCAACAAACACCAGGCCAACAAACACCAGGCCAACAAACACCAGGCCAACAAACACCAGGCCAACAAACUACAAGCCAACAAACUACAAGCCAACAAACUACAAGCCAACAAACUACAAGCCAACAAACUAAAAGCCAACAAACACCAGCCCAACAAACUAAAAGCCAACAAACUACAAGCCAACAAACUCCAGGCCAACAAACUAAAAGCCAACAAACUAAAAGCCAACAAACUAAAAGCCAACAAACUACAAGCCAACAAACUAAAAGCCAACAAACAUCAGGCCAACAAACUAAAAGCCAACAAACUACAAGCCAACAAACUAAAAGCCAACAAACACCAGGCCAACAAACUAAAAGCCAACAAGUUCUAGGACAAGUUUCAAACAAAUCUGCGACAGAUCAAACAGUUAAAGGUACUAAUGUUCCAAAUAAAUCACUUGCACAACAAGCACCACGAAUUACUGUUCCGGAUAGACCACUUGCACAACGAGUUCCACUCAAUAAAGUUCCAAAUAAGGAUGUUGCAAAUAAAAAAACUACAAAAAAAUAA